UUGGACAUGGGCGAAGGCAGCACUUAAAUAUUCAUAAGCCGCAAAAAUAUAAACCUGAAUAUGUGUUCUUUAUUUUUAUUUUUUAUUUUUUGGCAAAUCAAAUCGAGUCAGCAAGAACGCAUUACAUCAAAAUGCAGUUUGAGUAGAACUGCAUGGUUGAGGAGCAAUUGAUAAAUUUAUAUGCAUUGGUUAUCGAUCAGGUUAAUCGAGAGCAGAGCCAACAGCAAUCGCAGCUGUUGUAUGGUAACGAGAGAGCAUCAGAAAAAAAGAUGGCGCGCAGACCAGAGCAUUCGGCCCCGCCAGAGAUCUUCUACAACGACGAUGAGGCCAAAAAAUAUUCUACAAAUACCCGUAUUAUCGAAAUCCAAGUGGAAAUGGCGGAGCGUGCACUUGAACUACUGGCAAUACCGGAUGAUGAUGAACCACGGCUUAUUUUGGAUAUUGGUUGCGGCUCUGGCCUCUCAGGCAGCGUGCUUGAGGACUGCGAUCAUAUAUGGGUCGGCAUUGACAUAUCAAAAUCAAUGCUGGAUAUUGCUGUUGAGCGUGAAGUAGCCGGAGAUGUUAUUUUGGGUGAUAUGGGCGAGGGCAUGCCUUUUAAACCUGGUACUUUUGAUGGAGCGAUAUCCAUAUCGGCGCUACAAUGGCUCUGCAACGCGGACAAAUCCUAUCACAAUCCACACAAGCGCCUGUUAAAAUUCUUUACCACAUUGUUCUCUUGCUUGACGCGGACAGCGCGUGCUGUCUUUCAGUUUUAUCCUGAGAAUUCAGACCAAAUUGAAAUGAUCACCGCGCAGGCGAUGAAGGCGGGCUUCUAUGGCGGCCUCGUGGUCGACUAUCCCAACUCGGCCAAAGCCAAGAAAUACUAUUUGGUGCUGAUGACGGGAGGCGCAGCAGAACUGCCGAAGGCCUUGGGAUCGGCUGAGGAGGAGCGCCGUAUUAACUACAUCAAGAAGCGCGAUGCAUGUCGUGAUGCGCGUGGCAAGGCGCCGAAAAAGUCACGUGACUGGAUACUGGCUAAGAAAGAGCGGCGACGUCGCCAAGGCCUCGAGACGCGUCCAGACACCAAGUACACAGCACGUAAGCGCAGCGGGCGCUUCUGAGUAUUGUUAAAUACACGUCUUAAUAUAAACUUUGUGUUUUUAUUU